AUGCUUGAAUACCAAAUUGCUCAACAGGCAAGUUCUUCAAGCAAAGCUACUGGUAAAUUGCCUAGUCAACCAAAGACGAACCCCAAAGAACACUAUAAGGUAGUUACCUUGAGGAGUGGUAGGACAUUAGAGAAGCAACAAUUAGAGGAAAAAUCAACUGAACAAACCACUGAUAAAUCUAACAGCCAAACAGAUGCCAUAUUGCAAAACAAAUUGCCAUCAAAGCUCAAAGAUCCAGGAAGCUUCUCCAUACCUUGUCUUAUUGGCAACAUGAAAAUAGACAGGGCACUCUGUGAUCUAAGUGCAAGUUUGGCUGAUCGGUCUGUCAAGUACCCAGUUGGCAUCCUAGAAAACAUACCCAUCAAGGUGGGAAAAUUCUUCAUCCCAGUUGAUUUUGUUUUCUUGGAAAUGGAGGAAGAUGUUCAAAUUCCUAUCAUCCUGGGAAGACCUUUCUUGGCAACCGUCGGAGCUAUCAUAGAUAUUAAAAAUGGGCAGUUAACUCUCAAGGUAGGAGAUGAAGAAGUGGAAUUCAACCUGUUCAAAGCAGUAAAGCAUAAACUUGAACCUAAUGAAUCCUUAAGAGUUGACAUAACUAACAGGCUAGUUAAAGAGGAAUUGCACAGAACACAUUCUGAAGAUCCUCUUGAAGCAUGCACAGUGCACAGCUACACAGCAAAUAAAGAAAAUACGAAAAUUGCAGCCUGUGCACAAUCUUUAGAAGUCAACAUAUCCUUACCUUUAGCUCAAGCUCUCCAGGUGAAAGAGCUAAAGGAGGAACAACCCAAAAAUAAGUCACAGGAGGACCCCAAACAGGUAGAACUAAAACUUCUUCCCUCCACUCUAAGGGUAUUGCCACCAAAGAUGUCUUAUCAGCAAAUUAAGAAAUUCCUGAAUGAUGUACGCUUCUACACAUGA